GCUUCUUGUCCCCUCCCCUCCAGACACAGACAACAACAUACACCUUAAUAGGGGCGCGUCUCCGACACAGCCGCCGACCAAUAACCCGUCUGUCUGGGCAGAGACCAAGGGGAUGAGCGCUCGCCGAGGCCCAAUCAGCGCUUUUGUGUUGCCUGCCGGUGCCGGGGACUGGUCGUGAAGAGCUACAGCAGCGCUUCAGGAUCGGAGAGUGAACCCGGAGCCAGUGGAACCUGAAGGGUAAAGGCGAGUCAGGAUGUCUGAGGAGGCGUUGAGGCUGAACCUGCUGAAGCGGGGUCUGGAGGCGCCGGAUGAGCGGGAGGAGGCCCUUGCCAAGCGCCUAAAGAUGGAGGGUCACGAGGCCAUGGAAAGGCUGAAGAUGCUAGCCUUGCUUAAACGAAAGGAUCUUGCUGCCUUGGAGGGGGCAGCGGUGGCAGCGGCCAUGGCAGAGGGCAAAGGCCCCGGUGGAAGUCAGGGGCUGAUGGGAGCCGUGGCCUACGAGGAGAAAAUGAAUGGAAGCUUGAGAGUCGGGGGCCAUGGGGGCCCCAGCAAGAAUGGGAAGGAAAACAUAGUGGAUGAACCAGUCGACAUGAGCGCAAGAAGAAGUGAAAUAGUUAGGGAGCGACGCACUCCAUCACCAGACGUCAUCAUCUUAUCAGACAAUGAGGCGUCCAGCCCCAGGAGCACGCCAUACCCUGAGGAAAAACAUCAUCAAGCUAACUUAGAGAUGUUCAAGGGGAAAACCGGCGAUGAGCGGCAGCAGAUGAUCAAAGCUCUCCGAGAGGAGCUCAGGCUGGAGGAGGCCAAGCUGGUGCUCCUGAAGAAACUGAGACAGAGCCAGAUGCAGAAAGAGAAUGUGGUGCAGAAGGUGCCAGUGGUCCAGAAUGCCCCAUCUUCGGUGCAGCCGUCACCCAUGCACAGCUCUCAGGGGCUGGGUAAACUACCGGUACGGCCAGGCAUGCACUCAUCUGAGCCUCAGAAUCUGCGCACUGCACAGGGCCACACAGUAAUCAGGUCGGCUGCCAAUGCAUCUUUGCCUCCCAUGAUGAUGUCACAGCGGGUUAUUGCGCCCAAUCCUGCCCAGCUUCAGGGUCAGAGAUUGCCCUCCAAGCCUGGCAUGGGCCGAUCCUCCACAGGUGGUUUGGGUAACGCAGUGAGCUAUCAGCAGGCUGCCAGCCAGCAGGUGGGGGUCUCGCAGCGUUCAGGUUCCUCUGCUAUCUACAUGAACCUGGCACACAUGCAGGCAGCAGGAGCUGGCGUGGGGGUGAGUGUGAGCGGUGUGGGUGCCGUCAGCCCCUCCACCCUAUCCAGCGCCUCCAGCGUCGCUUCUUUGAACGACCAGGCCAGCAGUCAAGCAGCUGCUAAACUGGCCCUGCGUAAGCAGCUUGAAAAGACCCUGUUGGAGAUACCUCCACCUAAACCUCCGGCACCCCUGCUGCACUUCCUACCCUCCGCUGCCAACUCUGAGUUCAUCUAUAUGGUGGGCCUGGAGGAGGUGGUGCAGAGCGUCAUUGAUAGUCAGGGUAAAAUGCGGGGGUCACUGCCAAACGUGGAGCCGUUCUUCUGUGCUCAGUGCAGGACCGACUUCACUCCACACUGGAAGCAGGAAAAAAGCGGACGCAUCCUCUGCGAGCAGUGUAUGACGUCCAAUCAGAAGAAGGCCCUGAAGGCCGAGCACACCAAUAGGCUGAAGAAUGCUUUUGUUAAAGCUCUGCAGCAAGAACAGGAAAUUGAGCAGAGGUUGCAGCAGCAGACUGCUCUGUCCCCUAGCUCGGCUCAGACUGUGCCUAGCGUGAGCAAAGGGGAGACUAUGAUCCGACACCAUGCCCUCAGACAGACUCCUCAGCCACAGGCUUCUCUGCAGCGGGGUCUGUCCAGCUCGGCGCGAGGUGUCCUGUCUAACUUCGCCCAGGCCUCUCAGCUCUCUGUGGCCAGCGGGUUGCUGGGUAUGACAAGCAAACGCUGUGGCGGAAGCAGCAGUACCAGCAGCAGCAGUCGGGCCCAGCAUGACAACCGCAGGCAGAUCUACAAUAUUCCUGGUCUGAAUAUUGCCUAUCUAAAUCCAGGAGCCAUCGGGGGCCACAAGGCAUCCAGCCUAGCGGACCGUCAACGGGAGUAUCUCCUCGACAUGAUUCCCCCACGCUCCAUAUCCCAGUCCAUCACUGGGCAGAAAUGAGCCCUGACGGGACUGCAGUUCCCCCUCGGACGCCCUGCCACCCCUCCGUUCGACAUCAGAACGUCCCCAUCCCCCACCCUCCCCGACACAUACACACACGCACACCAUCACCCCAUCGCAUGCAGUGCCUGUUCGUGUGCCUACCCGACUAACCCAUAAGAACAGCUCAAUCAGUCAAGACUAUAAACACCAGACUGUCAGUGCAUCUCAGACUUCGGUUUCCUACUAUAGCAAAGCUCUUUAUUGUUAUCUCAACUUAUUAUUGCUGUUGUUAUUGCUACUCUUAUUAUCACAAUUAUUAUUAUUAUUAUUAGUAGUAUUAUUAUUGUUGCUUCUGUUACAGUUAAUCUUAUUACACUUAUUCGUAGGUUUAGUGGUUUUUUGACAUCUUUUACGUUCUUGCCAUGUUAUGCAUUUCAUUUUAGAGGAAGGACGCCAUAUUGCAGGGUCACUUAUAAAUAUAAACCUUUGUUCUUGUUGUUUAUUUUGAAGCGUCCUCCCCUCAGUCGCCCCUGUAAAAUGACACGUGUUCUCUCUCAUGUUGUAUCUUGAGUUUUGGUUUCGGAAUGGUGGAAGCGUUCUCGCCCGAGAGAGCAGAAUCUUUGUAGCGUUAAAUAUUUGAAACUACAAAGUCCUCCCGCAAGGACCUUUUCUACAUAUGGGUUCAGAAGAACCGAGACAGACUCGUGUACAUCGAUCAGAUUGAUCCUGAUGCAGAGUGGUGCUGAUCUAGUCAUCGAUGAGUCUACCUUGAGAAGGCCACGUGGCUACAAGUGAACACCCAGCGUUAUCUGCGGAUUGACUUGUGAAACUGAUUGCAUACAGAGGAAAAGAUGUGAUGCCAUCUAACGGAGAGAAAACCAAAAGGCCUGUACGGAUACCGAGUAGUCCCCUGCUGUUUGUGCAGUAAAAAAAAAUCAGAAUUGGAGGCCCGUUACAUUGCUUAACACAUAUGUAUGUGCCCACAGAGCAGGAUCUCCUAUUUCUCUCUCAAAACCUUCACUUUUAAAGAUUGCGGUGAUACAAGAUUGUCAUCACUUGUUUUGUGGCGACGUCAUUUCACUGCACAGCUAAGAAUGAAGCCAGAGAGUUCCAUCACCAUGAACAAUGUCUCCUUUUGAUUUGUGUUUCGGUUUUGGUGUAAUUGAUUUAUUUUGUUUCUCUGUACCUUCUUGUCUUUUUUUAGUUUUUUUGGGCGGCGUCUCCAGCUAAAAUGGUUAUGUAUCUGAAAGGUACUUUCCACAGGAGACGAUAAUCAAUGAAAUGGCAAAUAUAAGUGAAAUUCUUCAAAAUAUGGUUGAUGCAUAGAUUGUUCAAGUGAGAAGGCAUUGACAAGGAUCAAUCAUCGUGUUUGAAGCAAUGCACAUGAAAUGCCUCCAUUAUGGAGGAGCACUUUUCUUCUUAAGAAUUGAAAAAUGGUUAAAAAAAGUAGGACAGGAAUGUUUUGACUCACAGGAUGUCAAGAUAUGGAUGCCAUCGGAUAUCUCAGAGAGAGUUAGGAGAAAGACUUAAGUCUCUGUUUUGCAGUGAAGCUCAUCUUUUCAAUUGAGAUCUGCUUUUUGACUUCAUCAAAACAAAUGCAUUUCAAGUUAUGGUACAUAUGUUGAUGUUUCAGUAAGCGGGCAAUGUAAGCAGUGUUUAGUCAUUAUGCAGUAUUAGUGAUCAAGGGGUUAUGUGCAGGAAAAUCCUGCAUUCUGAUCACACCAUUGAUGGUCACAUUCAAAAUAAAUGCAAUCUCUCUCACAUAUUCGGAUAGCAAUGCUUGUGCUUUGUGUUUCAGUAAUGUGAACUGUGAGGUCUGAUUGACUCAUCGAAAGGGACAGUGAUGGGUUAGGGUUUAGCACUUAAAUUUUUUUUGUCCAGUCUAAGCAUGUUUGGUCCUUCAGACUUUGAGGUCUGUCAUCCAGGUCACACUUAAUAGUUUUGAAUACGCUCACAAGCUAUGAUGUGAGUUUUAAAUGUUUUCUAAAAGUGAUGAAUUAAUGAAAAUAAAUUCAUGCAUAGCAGUCAUCUGUAUAAUCACUGUUUUAUUCCUUUUUAUGGCGUCUUGUAUAUUGCCACUGAUUUGUGGCAGAACGAUGCAACUUUUGAACAAAACAAUUUUUAAGCUACCUUGGAUUAAAUUUGGAGGUGCAAUAUUAGAUGGUAGGAUGUUUACAUUUUUAUUUUAUUUUUUGUGAUGAUCAUGAAUCGGUCCCUUUUAGUCAUUCUGUUUAGUAAUGGAUGAUUUUAUCUUUAGUCCAAUUUUAUAAACCAUUUUUUUACGCUUUAGUUUUGAAUAUUAGGGUGUUUAUAGUAAACUAAUUUCUCUCUCCUGCUCUCUCUCGUAGACUAUAUUAGAUGCAUCCAUAUACCUGUGUUCAUAUUUACGAGAACGUUGGAUUUUGAAGUUUAACUUCCUUUGACUCCUUGAUUAAGUUCCAUUUGUUUGGUUGUUUAAUUUCAGCUGUUUCUUAAUAAAAUAAAAUAAAAAAAUCAAAUUUAAUCAAAAAACAGAUGUAUGAACAGAUGAUGACACGAUAUUUGCUAGGUCAGAAGUAAUAAUGACUUAUUGUACAUAUGCUUUUUUUCUCCCUUGAAUUAAAAAUAAUGAAAUGAAAUUAAAAUGGUUGUAUAUUGUGUAGAAAAGCAAACAAAAAGCCAUGAAUAUUGUGAAGCUUGUCAUUUCGUUUUGUGAUCACUGUGUAUUAUUGUGUAACAAAUGUGCAAAAUGUAUGGGAUUAUACUUCUCUUGUUUUUGAAUGAGCUCUUUAGAUGCAUUUUCUCCCCGGCUGUACGUUUUUGUAGUAUGUAGUAUUUGCAGAAGAAAAAAGUUCAUUGUUCUGGUGGAGCGUUUGAUCCAUUCUGUAGUCUUUGGACUGGGACAUGAUGGGACAGUCUUGUUUGUUACUUUUUCGGUUACCUCUUUUCUUAUUUCGAGGUUAUGUAGAUGAUGUUCAGUGAGUUUUUUUCUCUUAAGAUGUCCCAUACAAAGUGUUGGUCUUGCAGGACACGGACUGGAUGAAACAUCUGACAGUAUUACCCCUUACUUGACCAAAUCCAAAGCGAUUGUGUAAAACAAAGCACUCGAAUGCUCAACAAUGUUGCAUUUAGCUAAAGGACUGGGUGCAGUAAACUCUACAGGGAGGAUAUUUUUGUUUUCUAUUGCUUACAGGCCUUCCUCAAUAUAUCCCUAUUUCUUUUUUCUCUGUCUCUCUUUGGAAAAUCACAAUGCUCUUAUUUUUUUCAUGAAAGAUUGUAUACAUUGUAUACGAUGGGAAAAUAUUUUUUGCUUGUUUUUGACUGUUCCAAUGCUUAUUGCCUUCAGCCUUUAAAUCAUACGAUUCAUAAAAAAAAUGAAUGGACAGUUUGCACACAUGCAAGUAUUGAUGCUAAGGUUUGUGACAUUAUUACAGUAGAUUUAAAUUUUAUGUCAUGGAUUCACUGUCCAUAAUCUCUGACUGGACAAUCAGCUUUUCUGGAGUUCUAGCGCCGGGGUUUACAUCCCCCUACCAUGUGAUUUUUACUUUUUCUCUGUCUCUUUUCUUUUUCUCUCCCUCUUUUGGCUAUUUUUCUUUCUUUUUUUAUAUUUGUUGCAAGUACAGGUCAUUUUUGUUAAAUUGGGAGAGAGUUUUGGCUCGUAGAUUCUUCUGAAAUUUCAAAUGUUUUUAAAUAGACUUUAGCUGCAAUUUACCCAGUUUGAAUUUUAAAGCAAAUGGCAAUAUGUUGAAAUCCGUUUGUAAAAAAAAGACUAUGAUUAAUUAAUGUGUACAGUUUAAAAAAAAUGAAGUAUUAAAGAUUGGCUUAAACAAUUAUUGAUUUUAGUCAAGGAAAGAAGUGCGUUUUGUCAAGUUUUUAUUUUCAUUUAGAACUUUAAUCCAGACCUUUUGCACAUCCUUGAUAUUUAACUGUCUAAAAUGGAGAUGGAAAAAAUGCUGUUUGAUUACUGCCGGUUGAUUAACAACAAUUAUGCAUUGACUGAAAAAAAUAAGCUAAUUUUGGAGGAAAUAACUUUGUAAUAUUUAUCACUUGCAAGCUAUGUUUAAUAAAGGAUGGAACAGUUUAUCUCUGACUGUCUUAA